ACGUCUUGUUUCCUGGUUUCUAAGUACCAAACAACACGCAGUUUCUGUCUUCUCUUCCACCACUAGCCUGUCUCCUCGUUCUAUUAAAAAUCUCUCUGACCAUCCCAAAGCAGAGCUUCAGCGAUCUUCUCCAUCCUCUGGUUUCAUAUCUAAUCUGAUUUGGGGAACGAACGAGAUGGGUUUCAUAAUGGAGUUUGCGGAGAAUCUGGUGCUGAGGUUGAUGGAGGAUCCGGAGGUGAGAGACAGGAAGGCGAGGGAGCACAUAUAUGAGAUGCACGAGAGGUGUAAGAAGAUUAAGGAGAUGUGGGCUUUGCCUAUUCGUCCUUACGGUUUCUGGACGUUCGAGCGUCACAACGCUCAGCUUCGUUGGGAUCCUCAGAUCAGUCAGGUUGCUGGUCGUAGGGACCCUUAUGAUGAUCUCCUCCAGGACCAUCCUUCUUCUUCAUCUUCAGACUGAUCGAACAGUGAACGAAGACGUCUUAUGAUACUGUCUGGAAGGAUGCGUAUGUCUCCCUUUGUUUCUUUUUUUUUUGUUCUUCAGGUGCCUGGAAGCUUGGUACAAACUCAAAUAAUAACACUCUUGAAGACUUGUUUUCAAAUGAGAGAGUACUCAUUGAUUCUCUACUUGCAUCUUUGUUAUGAAUAUACUUUCUGAAAUGUGAUAAUUUUUUUCUAAUGUUCUUAAAAGUUUGUUGCUUAAUA